AAUCAAUUUUGCUUCAGAUGUUAUUUGGAUAUCCAACAAAUAACUCACAACAUAAUGUGGUCUCUUGCAAAAUUAAAUAUAUUUCUUGUAGUUUUGGCAUUAGCCUUAACAACCAACACAGCGCUGCGGAUGCGCGGUGAGCCGUACGUGGGCAUAAGCAAUCGUUACACCCGCCCCGCUGGCGGACGUUCAACAUUUGCCACUAGCAACGGCUCUAGUCGCAUCAUCGGUGGCCAGGAGGCAGCAGAGGCGUCCGCACCGUGGCAAGUAUCCUUGCAGAAUAUCUACGGCAAUCACUUCUGCGGUGGCGCAAUCAUACACGAUCAAUACGUACUGACGGCAGCGAGUUGUGUGAGCGGCUUACAGAAGAGUUGGAUAAAAGUGAUCACCAGCACCAACGAUUGGAUGGGCUUGGCAUGGUACUAUGAUGUUACUGAAAUUUAUGUGCAUUGUAAUUUCGACAAACCGUUAUAUCACAAUGAUAUCGCACUUUUAAAACUGGCCACACUCAUUGCUUACGACGACCAAACGAAAAACAUCACUGUGGCUGAUGAGGAUGAGCUGGUAGAGGGCGAAACACUGACAAUGACCGGUUGGGGUAGCGCCACAGAGGGUGGCGCCUAUCCGAAUGCAUUAAAACAGUUAACAGCCACAUAUAUAUCGAACGAAAAAUGUCGCAGUGCUUAUGGUAACUCCAGUGAUGUAGACUUGGGGCACAUAUGUACCAGCUCGCCAGUGGGUGAGGGCACUUGUCACGGCGACACAGGCGGACCACUACUCAACGCGAAAGGGCUACUGGUGGGUAUUGGCAAUUGGGGUGUGCCAUGCGGUCGCGGUUUCCCUGAUGUUUUCGCUAAAGUUUCAUUCUAUGCCGAUUGGAUUCGUACAACAAUCAACGGUUGUCAAGCUAGUACGUAAAUAUUUAAAUGCUUAAAGGAUUUAAUAUGUUGAUUUUAAUAAAAUAUGACACACUUG